CUCGUUGCACUAAGUGAAGACUGUUCUCGUUUCGUUCAUUUAUUAGAUAAAUUGCAAGGUGUUGCUAUUCUUUCAAGAGGCUUGAGAUUGGUAUGUUUUUAUUUCAAACAUUUCUGCGUGAAUGUAAAAUACCACAAUUCGUAUUGUGACGGGGCCUAAUCACAUAAGUUAUGGACAACGAUAUUUACCGACAUCAUCUCAUCCCAACGCAGACGAACUCUAGCCAUGAUGGUUUAGAGUUUCAUAGGCGCCUAAGACUGACUUCAACCUCUACAAAUGAUGUUGGCAUAGUCUUUGUUUUCAUUAUGUCACUUGCUGCUGUUACGUCCGGGGCUUUUGUAAUCUAUGGCUUGUGGCAAUCAAAAAGACAACAUCGACGUUUACGGGAGGCACUUACCAUGGAUUCAAAAGAUUUCCUUUUCUACACGCAAAUUGCUCAGCAUGAAAUCAGCUCAGCACCGUGCAUCACAAGUCUUCCCUGCCAAAUACCUUACAUCGAAGGAGACAGGCCUACAACCGGAUCAUCAUCCCAUCCACCCAUUGCCCCAGGGUAUAUAAGAAUUGUGCAAGUCACCCACCCAGCUGCAGAAGAGCUAAAUGAAAGGCAACCACUCAAAAGCGUUGUUGCCAGAGAAACCGAAAACAAAGCAGCAACAAUUCCUCAAGCGCAAGUUCAGAGCUUACCCAAGACAACAUCCAGUGCACCUGCCAUCCUCAGCGGUCUUUGGAAACAACGUCAUCUGUUGACGGGUAAUAAAGACGCCUUGGUGGACUCCUUCACCACGCUAAAGAAGCCGAUACGACCGCAGAGAGUGCGCGCCUCCAUCUCAGACACAUCGCCAAUGAUUGACAGGCCUGACAACCAAUUGCGCAGGAGCAUUUGCGAAGAAUGCGGAUCAGGCUCUUUCCUGUUGGUUGGAAGUCUUCCCAGGAAUAUAUCCUGUCGACUGUGUAGACAGAGGGCGGGGAUUCGUGAUGUUGGAGGAUCGACUAAAGACAGAAUCCCGCAGGAACGGAAUUCCUUGACGGUGACCAAGACCACUCCUCACAUCCCGACGACUGAGAGGGACAUGGCGCUUACCCCGAUUGCUGCAUCACCUAAAUUGCCGAGCAGACCGAAGCUGUCCACUUUCUCCGACAACCGACGGAAAUCAUGCACGCCAGAAGUUCAAGCCCAGCUGGAUCCCUUCAGGACGAUGGUUCUCAUGUCCAGUUCAAGUGAGGACCUAACAAGUGACAGCGACUGGUGAAACAAGUGUCUCAAUGGUUUUUACGGAUGGCUUCCUUAGGAGAAAACCCCCCA